CAGCAGCAGCAGCAGCAGCAGCAGCAGCAGCAGCAGCAGCAGCAGCAGCAGCAGCAGCAGCAGCAGCAGCAGCAGCAGCAGCAGCAGCACGCAGCACAGCAGCAGCAGCAGCAGCCAGCAGCAGCAGCAGCAGCAGCAGCAGCAGCAGCAGCAGCAGCAGCAGCAGCAGCAGCGCAGCAGCAGCAGCAGCAGCAGCAGCAGCAGCAGCAGCAGCAGCAGCAGCAGCAGCAGCAGCAGCAGCAGCAGCAGCAGCAGCAGCAGCAGCAGCAGCAGCAGCAGCAGCAGCAGCAGCAGCAGCAGCAGCAGCAGCAGCAGCAGCAGCAGCAGCAGCAGCAGCAGCAGCAGCAGCAGCAGCAGCAGCAGCAGCAGCAGCAGCAGCAGCAGCAGCAGCAGCAGCAGCAGCAGCAGCAGCAGCAGCAGCAG